CGGACCGAGGGGUGGGGAGAAGGGGAGGAGGCCUUAGCAGCCAGCAGAGAGAAGUGGCCAGAGAGGCCCAGGGGACAGCCAGGGACAGGCAGACAUGCAACCAGGGCCCCAGGGCAUGGACAGGGCCCUCCAGGCCCCGUGACGGGAGGACCCCGAGCCCCUGGCCCGGGGAGGGGGCCAUGGUGCUGCCUGCCCGUCAUGUCAGCCGAGGUGCGGCUGAGGCGGCUUCAGCAGCUGGUGCUGGACCCCAGCUUCCUGGGGCUGGAGCCCCUGCUCGACCUUCUCCUGGGCGUCCACCAGGAGCUGGGCGCCUCCGACCUGGCCCAGGACAAGUAUGUGGCCGACUUCUUGGAGUGGGUGGAGCCCAUCGCGGAGAGGCUUAAGGAGGCCCGACUGCAGAGGGAUGACUUCGAGAUUCUGAAGGUGAUCGGACGUGGGGCGUUCAGCGAGGUGGCGGUGGUGAAGAUGAAGCAGACGGGCCAGGUGUACGCCAUGAAGAUCAUGAAUAAGUGGGACAUGCUGAAGAGAGGCGAGGUGUCGUGCUUCCGCGAAGAGAGGGAUGUGUUGGUGAACGGGGACCAGCGCUGGAUCACGCAGCUGCACUUCGCCUUCCAGGACGAGAACUACCUGUACCUGGUCAUGGAGUACUACGUGGGCGGGGACCUGCUAACGCUGCUGAGCAAGUUUGGGGAGCGGAUCCCGGCCGAGAUGGCGCGCUUCUACCUGGCCGAGAUUGUCAUGGCCAUAGACUCGGUGCACCGGCUGGGCUACGUGCACAGGGACAUCAAACCGGACAACAUCCUGCUGGACCGCUGCGGCCACAUCCGCUUGGCAGACUUCGGCUCCUGCCUCAAGUUGCGGGCGGAUGGAACGGUGCGGUCACUGGUGGCUGUGGGCACCCCGGACUACUUGUCUCCCGAGAUCCUGCAGGCCGUGGGCGGUGGGCCCGGGACUGGCAGCUACGGGCCCGAGUGUGACUGGUGGGCGCUGGGCGUGUUCGCCUAUGAAAUGUUCUACGGGCAGACGCCCUUCUACGCCGACUCCACAGCUGAGACCUACGGCAAGAUCGUGCACUACAAGGAGCACCUGUCUCUACCGCUGGCAGACGCAGGAGUCCCUGAUGAGGCUCGCGAUCUCAUCCAGCAGCUGCUGUGUCCCCCUGAGAUGCGCCUGGGCCGGAAUGGAGCAGGCGAUUUCCAGAAGCAUCCUUUCUUCUUUGGCCUUGACUGGGACAGCCUCCGAGACAGCGUGCCCCCCUUUACGCCGGAUUUCGAGGGUGCCACGGACACGUGCAACUUCGAUGUGGUGGAAGACGGGCUCACUGCCAUGGUGAGCGGGGGCGGGGUAGGUACCUGCGAUCCCUGGUCUGCAGAGGGUACCCCCGCAUCCGACCACCGUAACACUGAGGAGACGCUGUCGGAUAUGCAGGAAGGCAUGCCACUGGGGGUCCACCUGCCUUUCGUGGGCUACUCCUCCUAUUCCUGCAUGGCCCUUGGGGAUGAUGAGAUCCCGGGCUCCACGCCCAUGGAACUGGAGGCCGAGGCGUUGCCUGAGCCGCUGCAAGAGCCCAGCCUGGAACCCAUGGUGCCCCCAGCAGAGGAAACGGCUGAAGCGGCAGUUCCAGAGGCCAUUCCGGAGGCCAUUCCGGAGGCGGUGGCAGAGGCCGAGGUGACGCUGCGGGAACUCCAGGAGGCCCUGGAGGAGGAGGUGCUUACCCGACAGAGCCUGAGCCAGGAGCUGGAGGCCAUCCGAACGGCCAACCAGAACUUCGCCAGCCAACUCCGCGAGGCCCAGGCCCGUAACCGAGACCUGGAGGCGCACGUCCGGCAGCUGCAGGAACGGAUGGAGUUGCUUCAGGCCGGGGGAGCCGCAGCUGUCACGGGGGUCCCCAGUCCCCGGGCCACGGAUCCACCUUCCCAUCUAGAUGGCCCCCCGGCCGUGGCUCUGGGCCAGUGCCCGCUGGUGGGGCCAGGCCCCAUGCACCGCCGCCACCUGCUGCUCCCUGCCAGGGUCCCUAGGCCUGGCCUAUCGGAGGCGCGUUCCUUGCUCCUGUUCGCCUCUGCUCUGGCUGGUGCCGCCGCCCUGGGCUGCAUUGGGUUGGUGGCCUGCGCCGGCUAUCUUGCCGCAGUCUGAUCCCGCCCAGGAGCCGCCUUCGCCGCCUGAACCCUAGAACCCGAGCCUGUCCUACACUCGGGCUCCGCUGGAGGGUUUGGUGACCCAGGCACGGCCCAGAAGCCGCUCCCACCGUCCCCCAGUUCACAGCACUCCGAGCGUGGGUUUCCGCCCCAGCUCCAGCCCUGUGAUCCGGGCCCGCCCCCUGGCGGCUGGGGAGGGAGGAGCCGGGGCCGCGGCUCAAGGGAGGCUUGUAGCCGGGAAUGCUGCUGCUGCUGCUGCUGGGGGGAUCGCGGACCUCUUCCUUUCUCCGGCCUAGCUGAGGCUCCCGACGUGGAUGGGCAAGCUGCGACCUAGAGAAGGCAGCAGGGCCAGGGCUCGGCAUCUGUUUUUCACCCUCCAGGCACCCCCACCCACAUCGGCUUGCAAACCACAAAUCCUCCUUGUGCAUGAGGCCCUGCCCUCCCGGGAAGACUCUCUUUCCGCGGUGAACGUCUAGCGCGAGCUCCGCCUUUGCCUUUUGACAGCCCCGCUUUUUUCGGGGACUCUCGCGCCCUCCUCACGUGCGCUGCUCUCGGAGCCACAGCCGGCUCCGCCCGCCUCGGCAGUUUGGGUAUUUAUUGACCUUUCCUCCGACCCGCUGACAGGCUCCAGGACCCCAGCACCCUAAUCCACGUUUUGGAUGCACUGAGACCCCGACAUUCCUCGGUAUUUAUUGUCUUUCCCCACCUAGGACCCCACCCCCGAUCCUCGCGAAUAAAAGGCCCUCUCGUCUGCCCAAAAUUCUGAAA